GACUGCCGUCGUCGUAUUGCACUAUUAUUUUUAUAUCAUCGUCAUCGCGACGUCAUUGUGAUGCGUAUGUUCGGCGGCGACGGUGCUCGACCGUAAUAAUAAUAUAAAAUAAUAUAUUACUGCUGCACGUGUAUACAGCAGAGUUCGACGGUGUCCCAUCGCGGUCGUCCGUUUUUUAAAUCGCAGCACACCGUCCGCUAUCUCGAUUCGUGCAGAUUAAUAAUUUCAUUUGAACGGGUAGGCACUUACCGCCAACGGUACACGAGUGUUGUAUUAUGCGCUUUCGGCGAAACCGGUGAUAACGAUAAUCCGCUCGCGUAUACGGUACCGCGUCAUAAUCAUAAUUAGGUAUAUCAAUAUAAUAUUAUUAUAUCGACGGCGCUAUCGAUCGCGCCGCAGUCGAUAAAACGGUCCGAGAAAAACCGAUACUUACGAUAAUACGAUCGCCUAGAGUUUAUACACACAUAUAUAUACACAUAUUAUAGUAUACCGCAAUAGCGUCUGUCGAGCGCGAAACGUCCAAUGCUCAUGAUGAACGAUUUCGGGUCGAUGGGCCCGGGCAACAUGAUGCCGCCGUCGUUCAACCCCAUGUGCCAGGGGCUGUUCGAACACCAAAUGCCCAAGCCCAGGCUGGCGUUCAAGAUGCCCCGUGUGGUGCCCGACCAGAAGAAUAAGUUUCAGACCGACGAUCUGUUCAAACGACUCAGUCGUGAGAGUGACGUUAGGUAUACGAGCUAUAGAGACAGGCCUCACGAAGAACGACAAAACCGUUUUCAAAUGGGUUGUCGCGAAGGACAUGUAGACAUCGCUUUCGCCACAACAGGGACAAAUCUGCAACUUAUGUUCACUCCGAACAUGCCGCCGAUGACAUCUUACCACCAACCCACAAUUGGUUAUUGUGAUUUUGAAAAAGAACAAGGAAUGGUCCACAUCCUAUCGCCGUUUAUAAUGAACGGUGUAUGCGUGCAAUGGAAAGGUCGGAUCAACUUAGAAAAAUUAGACGGUAUCGGAUGUUUGGAAUUCGACGAAGAACGAGCAAUGAUUGAACACCAAAUAUUGCAAGAACAGAUAGAGAGGUAUAACAACCGCAUCAAAGACCACCAGGACAAAUCGCGGGUGUAUAGACAUCAAGAACGAGUCAACGGACCCGAAAUGGACGUCAACAAACGAUUUAAUAAUUUUUAAUCCAUUUAUUAAUUUCCGUUUUUAUUUAUUCUUUGUUAUGUAAUCUCGUUGGCAUUAGAUAAACUAAUUUACCUAUUAUUAUUCAAGAUAAUUGUGUUUACCUCCUAUAUUAUUGACAGUGGAAAUGCCAAAUUAUGUAACCCACACCGCCGACGAAAUAGAUAUGACGACACAGAGGAAUUGCUAACAGACAAUUUUUUUUUUAAGUUCAUUUAGGCAUUUUUCUAAGUGCAUGAUGCGAGUUUUGUAAAUGUGUGCGUAGUAAAUGAUCGUUAGCAGUUGUGUAAUUUGGUCAUGUUUAUAGGUGGCGGAAUGAAAUGUUUUUACAUUUUACCUAUAACCCCCUACCAAAAAAAAAUGUAUUGUAUUUAUCAUAAGCAUCUCCUUUCAGUGCAAUAAAUGUAUGUACAUAUUUGACAUUUAAUCACUCCUGAAAAAUUUCAUUUGUGUGGGUUACAUUACUUAGCCUUUCCAUGGUCGUUAUAAUCAAAGAUUUUGCGAUUUUAUUUUGUUUUUUUUUGUUUGUAAUAUAAUAUAUUAUGCAAUAAAAUUAUCCUUUUACGAAA